UCGCAAGUACACGGCAGAUGCUCGUUUCACCGUGCUAAUCGGGCAGUAUACAGUUCCUGUGAAGACGGCAGCUCGAAAGCACAAUCCCUUGCGCUCUCAUCGACUGCGGAACAUGAACUUUCCCUCCGGUGCCUACGCUCAUGGCUGCAUUGACCACGAGAUAUUCUGCUGGUGAAGCGACACGAGGACUAUAAUUACCUGUCAAGCUACCCGCAGCCCGGGCGUGCAGAGCACGCUCUUUCACAGGACGACGCCAGAUUGGCCCGCCUUGGCUCGCAGUGUUGGUGUCAUGCAUUGCUUUCGGUUUCAGGAUGAGAAAGGCUGAUGUGAGAGAGCUGUGACUUCGGUGUUCAUGUUGCCCUGCCCACGGCUUGCUUGCAAUGGAGAGAGACGUUGCACGAUCACGCGCCUGAAUCUCUAUUGCUGCACUUCACUGCAUGAGGAGCGUUAUGUCCGCGGACUUGGCAAGCCGCAUGGCUUGGUCAUUCUUGGCCGCAGCAGAAGGAUCAACACUUGUGCAGCAAACGAGUUCAUAGGGGCUUGCACAGCCUUGAUGUCCAAGGCCGGACUCGUCAUCGACACUCCUUUGCCACCAGUAUUGCAUGCACGCACAUGUUCUUCUCUGGGAAUAUAUGAGACAGACGUGCUGCCAACAUGGAUUCCUAGUAGUCCCUCUGUAGUCCGGAAAGACACAAGAUGAGGUUCCCGGCAGCAUCAACAGCCGUUUUAGCGACAGCAGCGCUUGGCGUUGAAGGAAUCCACUUCUCGAAACGAUCCGGAAGUGAGGCGAGAGUGGUUCACCAGCACAUUCGAAGAAGGGAAGUGGCAAAUCCCGUGGCCAACGAUCGAAGGAGAUGGCAUACGAAACGACAGUCGGGGACCGUGAACGUUCCAUUACAGAACGAAGUCCUUCUGUAUUACAUGAACAUCACAGUUGGAACUCCAGAGCAACAAUUCAGAGUCCACAUCGACACUGGCAGCUCGGACUUAUGGCUCAACACAGCCAGCAGUGCAUACUGCUCAUCCAUAUCAGAACCAUGUCGAGGUGGGACGUACGAUGCCAAUAGCUCGAGUACAUACUCGUACGUCAAUUCUGGCUUCGAGAUCGCUUAUCUUGACGGGUCAGAAUCGGAAGGCGAUUAUGUUACAGACACGGUGCGCUUUGAGGGAGUUUCAUUAUUGGACCAGCAAUUCGGGGUGGGAUACAUCUCGUCAACCGAGGACGGUAUUCUGGGCAUUGGCUACGUCUCCAAUGUGGCAUCAGCAACUUCACAAGGGGAAGGGAUAUACAGCAAUGUUCCGACCAGCCUUUUGAACUCUGGUUAUAUAAGUACUCUGGCUUAUUCUAUGUGGUUGAACGAUUUGGAUGCCGCUGAAGGAGACCUCUUGUUCGGAGGUGUCAACACGGAGAAGUACCAAGGAGAACUGGAGACGAUUGGCGUUGUUCCAUAUGAAGAUGGCGUGUACCGUUCACUUACGAUCCCACUUGCUAGUGUUCAAGUCACAGGGAGUGAGUCGUCCAUCCCUCGCGGCGAAGAGAUUUUUGUUGCGCUCGACUCUGGAUCCAGCCUAACAUACUUGCCUUUCGACCUGACUAUCAGCAUCUACAAUGCGCUUGGUGCACGUUACAGCAGGACCGAGCAAGUCGCAUUUAUUGAGUGUGACAGAGCAGACGAUGCUGCGACACUGGACUUUCAAUUCACCGACCAAAAGACGAUACAGGUCCCUUUCAACGAGUUGGUCAUUCCUUACUCUCGCAACCUAUGUGUCCUGGGCAUACUGCCGUCUGAUGAGCUUUAUAUUCUUGGCGACACUUUCCUUCGAUCAGCAUACGUUGUCUACGAUCUCGCGCGCAACGAGAUAUCUCUUGCUCAGACCGUCUUCAACAGUACCGAGGAUAACAUUAUCGAGCUGACAAACAGUACCCAAGUGCCGACCGAGGCUGGGAAUGGGGGAGAGACGAUUGCAGCAACGGCAGAGGGCGCGGAAAAUACUGGAUCGCCAGGGGGUGUAGGAGGAGGAGGAUCUGAGUCCGUAGAUCAAUCAUUCGGGGUCAGCCUGCGUGUCUCCGGAUUGGCAUUGAUUGGGGCUUUUAUCAGCGGCAUACUUCUUACAUCGUAGGUCUUUGUUGGUAGCACUCAAGCACUGGCAUAGCAUACAUAAUGACAUAUAUGUUG